AUGGUCAAGAACAACCAGCCCCUCCAAAUCCGCCUCACAGAGCCCGUCAUCUUCCUCAAGGGGCCCUCCACCGGCCUCGACUUUCGCGGCAGGCCACAGGCAGUGAGGCAGGAUGGACAGCCUGCCAUGGUCAGGGGCCUCCUCACCCUCCGCCUCUCAAAGCCCACUAGAAUACGCAGCAUCGCCAUCAAACUCGAGGGCAAGGCCCGCACAGAGUGGCCAGAAGGCAUUGGUGCUAAGCGGAUGGAGACGUCCGAGGAGCAUGUCAUUCUCAUAGACCAGGCCACAUUCUUCAAUGCCUACCAGCACGACUCGUCCCGCUCGCGGUCAACCAGGCGGGCGCUGUCUCUCGGCCCAGGGGUCAAUGUGGGGCGCCACGAAGACGAUAUCGACGACGAUGUGGAUCUUCAAGACGUGCCACGCGACGACGACGCAGAUGAUUGGGUUAAUAUCGGCAGAGGGAGGCAGGGGCGGGGACGGAAUCCUGUUCGCAGCUCCAGUGCGAUGCCUGGGACCCAUGACUCGAGCUCCUGGCACCGAGACGGUUUUUCCCGUCGACCGAGUUUUGACAACUCGGCGAGGAGCAGCAUGCUCGACAUGUCGGGUCUCAGUAUGCGAGAUCGUGGACCGUCCCCAGCGUAUACACCGACGGCCUCACCCACGCGCGUCGCAUCGGCUCUGCCGGGCCAUGUCUCGAGACCCUCGUCGCUCCGCCAAUCCGUGUCGCCCCACCUUGCGCCAUCCCGUGGGCCUGCAUUGUCCCCGAUAGCAUCCGCCGCGCCUUCUCAAAAUAACUCUGAGCGAGGCGAUAGCGCAGAGGCAGAGCACAGAAGACCUGUCUACACGAGCACGUUGACGUCGGAAUAUGUACGAGAAGAGACGGAUGGGGAGCCUCGUACGCCGACAGCGCCUCCCCAGGACGAUUCCGCCUUGGAUGAAGGUAUCGAUGAGUCGUUAGACCUUCCCAGGCCUAUACUGGAGUCGAGGGCCAACUCUUCUUCCUAUUCUCAUGGCGAAGUGCGGUUCUCUGUGCCCGCGGGAGAAGCCGCCGGUGGUGAAGGGUUGCCAAUGACCGACGAGCCUGCUGCUUUAGAGACGCCAGCCGGAACUCCACCAGUCUCGGGCGGUGGCCGCGCUGCCUCUGUCCGUACCUUCGACUCGACUCAUUCGGCCUCCUCCACCUCCCUCUCCUCUGCCCAAGAUCACAGCGGGGGCGAAAACCACCCAGUCAGCUCUGCCAUCCAGCCUACAUCAGGCGCCAACACCCCCGCACCGUCUGCGCCCCCUUCUAUCAGGCAGAUGUCUAUGGAUGGUGCCGGACGCCCACGAUCUGCUGCGUCCCGACCUGGGAGCAUCCUCUCCUCUCGACAGCCUUCCGACCAGAAUCUCCACAAUCUUGGGCACAGGGCUUCGGGAGAGAGCUUGCGGGGAGGCGAGCGCACGCGUACUGCCCGAGCUGGGAGCACCUCGACCAUUGUCGAAGAUACUGCCUCUACAUUCAGUCCAGCGGGAUCUUCUCGUCCAUCCAGUCGUAGUCGUACAACAAGAGGAGCAAGUGGUACACCUGCUAUCCACACUGCUCCAAACCUCGCCCAUCUUGCCCCCAGUGCUGCCAGCAGCGAGAGUUCCGAAUUGAGCGACGACGGCCGUGGGCGAAAGAAUCACAAAUUUAGCUUGGCUGCUACCCUGCGCGGACUGAGUCGGGAUGUCAAGGAGCGUGUAUCACAUGGCGGCAGGCAUCAUUCCAAAUCGCGUAGCAGGAUGGACAAUUCGUCUCGCGCCGAAUUGCACGAGACUUCAGACUCGCCCAAUAGCUCGGCCUUCUCCAGCAUUGCCAUGCCCAUGAGCAGGGCGAACAGCAGUACUGGACCAGGACCGAUAGACCAUGCCCAUGGGAGUCGACAUGGCUCGUUGGUCAACGACGACUUUGUGCCGACCUACGGCCGUGGCGGGGCUGGGUCGACGAGGAGGAGCAGGUCUAGGGAGAGGGACUCGAGUACGGUACGAGGUCGGGAUGAUGAACGAAGCAGGAGCCGAGCGAGGGGCAGGCAUAUGGGAAUGAAGGUGUUGACGGACAAAUUGGGUCUGGGAGAGACUGAGGAUCAGGGGGAUGAUGUGCAUAAUUGGAAAGAGUUUAGAAAGGGCAAGUCGCAUUGUACUUACAAUUAUCCCAUCUCCUUCCCCAUCCCCGUCAACGCCCCGCCCACUAUCCACGCCGAAUUCGGCUCCGUCAUGUAUCGCCUCAAAGCCAGCGUCGUCCGUGUGGGUGCUCUGACGCCCAACUUGACGGAGGAUACAGAGAUCGUGAUGAUUGCCACGCCGCAGGAGGAUGAUCUGGAGGAGACGGAGAACGUGAUUGUGGAGAGGCAGUGGGAGGAGCAGAUGAGAUAUCAGAUCACGCUCGGUGGCAAGGCGUUCCCUAUCGCAGGGACCAUCCCUAUCAGUAUUCGGUUAAUGCCCUUGCUCAAAUGCAAGAUUCAUCGUCUCACGGUUGCUCUGGAAGAAAAAACAGACUAUCACGCCCAAGAGCGUAAAGUUGCUCGACACGAAACGCCCAAACGCUUCGUGCUCCUCUUCAUCAAGCAAGCCGAUGCGAAAGAACGCACCGAGCCUCUCCUUCCCAUCAUCUCUGAUGAUCCUACCGCUGCCGAACGUUCGCCUCUUGCCGAGAUGGCUCGACAAGCAGCCAUGAGCGAUCCUCCCUCCGACCUGUUUGACCUCGAGAGAGAUCCGGACGAUGCAAUGUACGCGAGCUUGAUGGAACCUACAGGUCCUUGGCAUCUGGAGAAGGAUCUCCAGCUGCCGGAUUGUGUGUCCAAGAUCAAGUUUACGACGAAGCAUGAUCAGACAAAUAUUACUGUGGCACAUUGGCUCAAGGUCACGAUCCGGGUCGAGAGAGGGGAUGACGAGGCGCUGGAUUCCAAGGGUCGUAGGAAGCAAUUCGAUAUCAUCAUCGAAACUCCCAUCAAGAUUCUCGACUGCCGAGUCAACCCAUCCUACAACUCUCUCCCCACAUACUCUGUCACUCAACGCAACUUUGUCUCCACCCCUGGUAUCUGCUCGGUGCACAAUACCAAGAGCGCCCCUCCUGUCCCCAUCGGCAUGUCUCGUCACUCUAGCAGCAACCAUGCCGGAGAAGCCCAUGUCGCUGGCACCCCGCCUACGACCUUGUCCAGUCUCCCCGAAGAGCAGCCGCACGGGCAUCUACUCCCGCAUCUUUCAAGCCAUAGGCGGACAGAAGUGGAGCCUGUGGGAAGUGCUCCUACAACGCCAGGGGUGGAUGGGGAGGAUACAUUGUUGGAAAGGAACAUUGUUUAUGAUCGAUUGAUGUCGGGGCAAGUGACAGAGACUGGGGAAGUGCCGCCCACUUACGUGGAAGCGAUGGCGGAGGCUGUCGGUGACCGGAGCGUCUCUCGAGUCAGAGAGUCUGAGGCCUCGGCCACUGGGCGCGGAGUUUCGUCCAGCAGGGGAAGUAGGAGCAGCAGUAGACUAAGAGACUGA